AUGGUUGCCUUUACUCUAGCGGCAUACUACGUCGUGCCCGUUGUUUAUACCCAUAUAAUUACUAUCUCACUUCAGUUCGUGAUCUCAUUGCUCAACAUAAUAUCUGGUAUAUUGUUGAUUGUGCACUUCCAUCAUACUGUCAUUACGAUUUUAUUCGUUGUCAAUGUCAUCUUCAUAUCCACAGCAAUCACAACUCUACUAUGUGUCAUUUUCGCCGAUAGCAACACGGUUGGCGAGGAGCCAGUUGUUGAUACAGUUUCGAAAAAGGCUUCCGAUGCAACGUUGUAUGAUCAUGAUUAUGCAUUGGACAAGAAUUGGAUUGAGAAAUAUCAAACCAAUCCCAACCCACAACCUUUGCCAUACUCCGUUUCGUCAAAUACGAUACAACAACAAGCUAAAGCGCAACAAACUGUUACAAAGCAUGAUACAUCUUCGCUCAUCAAUGUUGAAGAUCAUUAUGAUAUGCUCAGUUUACCCAAGAGGGCUGCCUUGCAUGACACUGAUGCCACUGGCAAGCAAAAAAUUCGAAUGAAAAGAUGGAGACUGAUACACGAUGAGAGGCACUUUAUCUCACAAUUAAACGAGUCAUUGCUUCCACCAGUUUUGCAAAAUAACAAGAGAAUUUCAAAAUCCAACGGCGAGGAAGAAGAAGAAGAAGAAGAAGAAAUGAAGGAGCUAGAGCAAGUCACUGGCUUCAAACCCAAAACAAUAAACUCCACCAUGACCUUGGAUCAAUGGGAUUUGCAAGAGUACGACAAGGCAAGAAAAGUAUCUGGUUAUACAAUCGUUCCUGGUGCGCAUCGGUUUGUCAGCGACUCCAAUUUGUACAAAAAAGUAAUUGACACCAAUGAUGAACUCUUGUUGCCGCCAAAAGAGAGCCCCGUGGAUAAUAUUGACGAUUUGAGUGAGUUAGAUGCACACAAGCCAUCGCUAGAUAGAGAAUUCAGCGAUCCCUCCAAUCACAGUGAAUGCGCACCUUCCCUCCAUACUUUUAGAAAAGAAAGCUCCAAUUCACAGCAUACCCAACUGAGCACACAGAAUGCUCAAACAUUUACUCCGUAUCCAUUACCAGAACCCACAACACCACCACCGCCACCCGCAUCAACUUCAAUGUCGAGUGAAUUGGUCAUAAACCACAAGGACAACUCCCUGAUCAGGAAGCUUUUAACUGAUAGUCCAAGAAAGAUUUUCCGUUCAAAUACAGCCGUUUUCCAUCGACGCCACAACCACUCAAGCUCAAUCGCAUCAAAUGCAUAUUCACUCAUUUCCGGGGUCUCCUCUCGAUCAAGAUCCUCAUCGCCAAAAAAGAUGAAAUCGUAUUUGAAGAUUCACAAACACAGCUUGAGCGUGCCAAACUUUGUACCAAAUAAAGCCUCUCCUUCAACGUCAUCGCACCCUUCGCCGCAGCAUUCGGAGUUCUUUUCGGCAAAUUCAACGCGACUUGUUGAGCCAAUAGAUCUAUGGGAGAUACAGACGACGAAUUUUACAUUUGAUGAGGAGCGGUCUUUGAAGGAGCCGAGAAUUGAGGCAGCUGUUUAUGAUGGAGGUGGAGGUGGAGGUGGAGGUGGUGAUGGUGAUGGGAAUAAUGGUGGGUCGAGGGUUAGCUCUUUACCGAGCCAGGCCAUUGGCGAGUAUGAUCGUGAGAAAUGGAGGACUAUUAAGUUGUAUCAGAAUGGAGAGACAGUAGAUAGAUUAUAG